AUGUUGUUAUCUGAAUACGACAUCCAGUACAUAACCCAGAAAUAUGUCAAAGGAAGUGUUUUGUCUAAAUACCUCGCUAAUCAUCCUGUCGAAGACUAUGAGCCAUUGAAGUUUGAUUUCCCAGAUGAAGACAUUAUGUUGGUGAAAGAUUGUGAAACUCCAAGCCCAGAUGAAGGUCCCGAGCCAGGUUCCUGUUGGAAGAUGAUGUUUGAUGGUUCCUCCAAUUGCAUGGGGCAUGGUGUGGGGGCUGUGUUGAUGAAUCCCAAUGGUGGAUAUACUCAUUUCACAGCAAGAUUGUGUUUUGAAUGUACCAACAACAUUGCAGAGUAUGAAGCAUGUAUCUUGGGUAUUGAAGCUGCAAUUGACACCCGAAUCAAGAUCCUUACAGUAUACGGAGACUCAGCCUUGGUGAUCUACCAAGUCAAAGGAGAUUGGGAAACUCGUGAUGAGAAGUUAAUCCCAUAUCGUGCCCAUAUUAUGGAAUUGAUAAAGUACUUUGAUGAAAUCACCUUCCAUCAUUUUCCGAGAGCAGAAAAUCAGAUAACAGAUGCUUUGGCUAUGUUAGCCAUUGUGUUCCAAGUCAUAUUUCUCAAUGAGGCACCACUUAUCACAAUUGAGAGGAAAAUUGCACCAGCCUAUUGUCUAUUGGUUGAAGAAGAAAUUGACAAGAAACCGUGGUUCUAUGAUAUCAAGAACUACUUACAAAAUCAAGAAUACCCAGUGAAUGCAACAACCCUAGAUAAGAAGACUUUAACGAGUUGUACCAAGAGGGCGUUUGACAAAAAAGUUCGUCUCCGUGAAUUCAAAGAAGGAGAUCUCGUAUUCAAGAAGAUCUUGCCAGUACACAAGGAUAUGCGUGGAAAGUGGAGUCCCAACUAUGAAGGCCCAUAUGUUGUGAAGAAAGCAUUCUUCGGAGGUUCCUUGAUUCUCACAACUAUGGAUGGUGAAGAGCUUGCACACCCUGUAAACUCUGAUGCGGUCAAAAAAUAUUAUGCCUAA